AUGGCAGCCUCAAAUUUGCCGCAAUUGCCUGCUGCCCUUUCUGGUCUGGCAACUUUCAUUGCCGAGAACCCUGGCAAACCCAUGGUUGAGAUUAUGGAACCAUAUCGCAACUAUGAAGCUCGUUUGCGGGAGGUUUACGCCCAAGAUCGCCAAAAUCCAAUUCUGAACGAUCCAUAUCUCAACGUUGUUCCCCUCUUUACCGAGGACACGGCCAAGAUCACGACUCGAGCAAGGGAAUUGUCUGCCGAGUCCGAAGAUGAAAAAUCCAGAUAUAUCAUGCCGCUGCCAGCCGACAAGCGAAGGCCUCAUGGCUCACCAGCCACAGUGGCCGACUUCACGGAAUUCCAGCACAACUUCAACAUCUUUUCGGAGUCUUCGCUGGUUGAGGUCGAUUGGAACAAUGUGGUUGCCGCCGGCUCUUCUGUCGUCAACUGUUUACUGCCGGUGCCCAAGGAGUUCAAAGUUUCAAAGCGAAAGCUGCGCGAGUACUAUCACGAAAAGUUCUGUCCGGCAUCUGAUGUCGAUCUUUUUCUUUAUGGACUGACCCAUGACCAAGCCAUUGAAAAAAUAAAACAGAUUGAGCGUGCCGUCAAGGACGCUCUUUUGAAUGAAGUCACGGUCGUACGUACCAAGUAUGCCAUCACGAUAGCGAGCCAAUACCCCAUCCGUCACAUUCAGAUCGUUCUUCGUGUGUACAAGUCUGUCAGUGAGAUUCUAACCGGCUUUGACAUCGACGCUGCCGGUGGUGCCUAUGACGGCAAACAGGUUUAUGUCACACCCAGAGCAUUGGGAAGUUUCAUUACUCAGAUCAAUCACGUUGAUCUAUCUCGCCGCAGCCCCUCCUACGAGAAUCGUCUGUCCAAGUACUCACACCGUAAUUUUGAGGUUUACUGGCCAGACCUUGACCGAGCCAGAGUUGACCCUACCAUUUUUGAGCGAAGCUUCCAGCGGACACUCGGUCUAGCCCGACUUCUGGUUCUUGAGAGAUUACCCACCAACUAUGCUCGUGAAACUUAUCUUAAUAAGCGACGAACUGAGCGUGGCAGACCUGCGCGAUACCGAACUCUCGUGCCCAUGCGAGGCAAUAUCAAGGAUUCCCAUGAGGAUGAGGUAGCCGACUGGCUUUCGGAGGAGGAUGUCAGUAACUAUCACACCUUUACUGUUCCGUACGGAGAAAAGUUCAACGCCAAGAGAAUUGAAAAGCUCUGCUAUACCAGAGACUUGCUGUUGAACGCAGAGUGGAACCAGCCAAAGGAGCGUGAAGUAUACCUUCAUCGUCACCCUGCUUUCUUUGGACGCGUAGAGGACGUCAUUGAGGAUUGCUGCGGUUGCUGCCCAAAAGCAGUCACACCCGAGGAGAUAGAGAUUUCAGAGAAGGAGGCAGAAAUUUACAUCUCAGGCAAAGUUUCAUUCCUUAUUGACGAUCCAGGUCGUCAGCAAAUUGGGUCUUUCAAUCCGCUUACAGAACAAGAUUGGACGGAUAUGGCAUACGUCGGAAAUACUGCUCGACUUUGUCAGUCAAUCGUUGACGGUGAUAUCGACGACGUGCUCAACUGGCUUUCCCAGGAAGAGGCCGACCCCAACAAGCGUGAUUACACUGGGCGAACACCAUUGCAUCUUGCUGUGAUGACUUCGACCCCCGAUAUUGUGAAGUGUCUAGUUGAUCAUGGGGUGCGCCUCACCGCUCGUCUAGCCGAUGGUAGAACCGCUCUUCAUUUGGCUGCCGCUCGCGGCAAUGCAGAGAUGAUAAAGAUUCUCAUGGAAAAGAGCAUUGAAAACGAGGAAGCUGAAGAAGAGAGGCAAGCUAGGCGCCGCCAGACUGCUCAUGGAGAUAAGGUUGUUGGCGCCAGGAUAUUGCAAGACACAGGAAGCAAAGAAUCGGACGAAGAAGAGGCAGAAAAAGAAGAGGAAGAAGGCGAGGAGCAGUCAGAUGAAGAAUCAGAAGGUGAACUCAUUGAUGACGAAAAGACUGAUCUCGAUGUGCAGUCCCUCGCCACCGGCUCCUUCAUUAAUGUUUCGAAAAAGAAAGAUGGUGAAAGCACAGAUGAUCUAGUUCCAGAACAGUCUGAAGAUGAGCCAGAUUAUUAUCAGAUUGAUGUGCUUGCUUGGGAUACGCCUUGCUCGCCACUACACAUCGCUAUUGUCGAAGGCCACGAGGAGACUGUCAAGCUAUUGUGCGAUUAUGGCGCCGACUCGAUUUUGCCAGUGAAGUUUCUAAACAACAAUAACGAGGCAGACACGGCGGCCCUUUUGACACUUACCCUGGCCCUUAGUCUUCCGAAAGACAAAGCUAUUUCCAUGGCUCGGCUGCUACUCAAGCUUGGUGCAACGUCUUCCCAGGCAGAUGCUCAAGGAUGUACAGCUUUCUACCGUUUUGUAGAGCAUGGUGACACUGAACUCGUUGACACUCUGUUGGAGAACGAUAAGAUGGGUGUGAAAACGGCAAUCAAUCAUAUUGUAUUUGGUGGCUACAGUUGGAAUCCAGAAACCACCUCACCAGUUCACGGUGCUGUUCAGCACCGUGAUUCCAUCCUAAUCCUCAAACUCCUCAACGCGGGAGCUGUUCCUGAAGUUGAUUUUGAUACUUGGCUGAAGGCUGCUAAGAUUGCGCCGAAUCUGUCCGGAAAUCUCGGCGACCUUGACCGCUCCAAGAAGACUUACAAGCGGUCUUACGAAUCUCCAUUGUGCACUGCUAUUCGGUAUGGAAAUAUCGAUGGCGCAAUGAGGUUGUUAGAAAAUGGGGCCAACAUCGAUGCAAUGACACACGACACAAAUGAUGCCUUCGAUAAUGACUGGCGUUGGAGGUACACGAAGGGCACCUCGGUCUUGGAUCUCGUACGCGACAUGAUUGAAAUACUAUCCAAAUAUGAAGGGGAAAAGUCAACCGUCACAAAGCCAGAGAUACAGCCCGGCUUAGACGCCUAUCUUGAAAAGCUUAAGCCCGGUACAUACAAGCAUUGGCUAGUCUCUAGAGAUGUGCAAAUCAAGAAAAAGAACUUCAGAAUCAGUAUGAAGUCUUACGAAAAGCACCUCGAAGUAGUGGAUGAUAUUAAGGGUGCUCCGGAGAAGUUAGAGGCUGUAACAGAAGCCUUAGCUGGGUUCAAGUCUCUUGAAAAUUUCAUGAUUUCCAAGGGAGCCAAGACGUUUGCCGAGCUGUAUCCAAAUAUUGAAUGCGAGAAGCGAAAGAAGACUUCCAAGGAUGAUAGAGAAAAGGACAAGGAUAAGGACUACAAGUACGAAUUUGUUUUCAGGACUGACAAGGACAUGACCGAGGGGAGACGCGAUGGAUAUAUUCAGCUCAUGGAGGCUGCCUGGAGUGGCAAUCUGGAACGUAUCAAGGAACUGACGCUCCAGGCUUGGGGCACGGAGAGAGAUCAACCUCCGCUCAAGAUCGUCAUUACUGACAAUAGUAACAACUCUCCAUUCUCCGUUGCUUUCCUACAUGGCCGUUUUGAUGUUGCAAAGGCAAUUCUGGAGAUUGUCAACGCUCAAUGGUCCCCUGCAGACAAGGAUGAGGUUCGCUAUAGGAUCAAACAAGAUCAGCAAGAUGACGAGGAUGAUUAUUACAGUGACGAGGACGCAUCUGAAGAAUCAGACAGCGAGCCACAGAUUGAAUCUCGUGUUAUUGACAAGAACUUCACCAUAGAGGAUAUUGGCCAGGUUUCUAUGCAGGUCAAAUCCCACAUUACUGCGGUGCAGCAUCUUUGCGAUAGUGUGUCAACGUUCGACGUCAAGGACGGCGAAGCUUCCAAAGCUAAAUGGCAUCAUCGCACGCUCUUCCAGCAUCUUAUGGAAAAUGACAAUGUCACUGGAUUGAAAGUACUCUUGGAUAUGGCUCAGCAUUUCAGCGAAGAAAAAACACCAGGCAAAGAUGAUGACGAAGCGACUUCCAGAUUUACAUUCCCUGAACGAGACUUCCGCUGGGCCGUGGAGCACGGAAAGACGCAAAUGCUAUCUCUCAUUAUCAAGCGAACCGGCGCAGGCGUCCCUCUAGAUCAUCUUGUGAAGAAGAGUGGUGUUGAAGUAAAGGAAAAGCCACGAUAUUACCAAGGGCUUACCGUUUAUGGUAAAAAGAGAAAGGAUUGGGCAAAUGCCGGCCGAAAUGUGGUGAGCAGAACUAGUGGCAUGAAGACUCCGCCGCUGCUGCAUGCUGCACUGGAAGGAUCAGUCGAUGGUGUCGAGUUCUUCUUGGGCGAUAAGCCACACAGACUCUAUGCUGAGUUCGGCAAAUCCAAGGCUGCUCACGAGGACUCGAGAUUCAAACAUUUGAAAGAGAGUCCUGGAGGCUUCAACAGGGCCAUUUCAAUGUGGCUUGGUGCUGAUAAUGACUUGGUCAUUCAUUGUGCAGUUUUGGGCAAAUCCAAGGAAUCGGCAGAAUUAGUGGAGUACCUAGUAACAAACUGUCCCGAGUACCUUGAAAAGAAAACAUCUGAAGGAGAAACGCCCCUGAUGAUUGCAUGCAGGCUUGGUCGAACAGACUUUGCCAAGAUUCUCAUUAAUGGCGGAGCCGAUCAGUCAACUCGAAACUUGAAGGGCGAGAACAUACUUCAUGCGUGUCUUUCCAGGCUUCCCAAGGCUGCUCAACUCAAGCCCAUGUUGGACCUCUUCGACGCCGAGCUCAGAAGCCAUCUUUUCCUGCAACGUAAGAGCAUUACAGAAAACGGCACCACCCCUCUACACACUUGGAUCUGCCAAACUUCUGGACUUGGGGCCACCGGCGAAAUCGAACAACACUAUAGCAACUAUUACUACCGCCGUGGAAGAUACAUCUCAAACCAAACCUACUCCGACGAGAAAGAUGUUGUCGACAUGCUAAAACUGCUCCUCGAGUGCUCAAAGGGCGAGGAACUAGACAUGCUUAACGGAGCCGGCGAAACUUGUCUGCACACAGCCACCAAGCAGGACAUGCUAUCCCUAGUCAAAAUUCUCCUAGAAUUUAAUCCAAAGCAACUCUAUCGCGAAAAUGCAGUCGGCCGAACUCCCGCAGAACUCGCUCAUGAUGGCCUCAUCAACCACGUUUUCUCGCGGCCCGACCGCCCUGAAAUCAACCGCAACGAACAAAUCUCCGACAUCGUCAACAAGUCUACCGAAACCUACCGCGAUGAAGCUGUCUUCAAAGACAAAGUCGCCGAUCAACUCAAGACCAACAUUGCAGAGCUUGGUUUAAGCGGCGACUAUUCCGCCAAGGACCUCGCGCUCAUCCUGCCAGCCAUGGGCAUAGGUGAAGGCAAACUGGAGAAGAACUUGUCCACGGACAAACUCAAACAAGUAGAAUGGGAUUUUAUGGCUACUACAAUGGAGAAACACGCUGGUAAGAGACGACUUGUGAGUCUGAAUGAGGCGAAUGAUGUCGCUAGACGGCUGGGAGAGAAGCACACUGGCUCGCGGUACUUUAGUGUCGAGUCCCGGAGAGAUGAAGACGACGAGCUGGCAUCAGAAAAUGGAAAGUGGGAUGAGAAGAACGAUUUUGCUACGAGAGAGUUGGCAGAUCGGUUGGCUAGUGCGUGGCUGGAGGAGAAGAAAGAGACUGAAGACAGCGAUGAGGAUAGCGAUGAUGAGUAG